ACAUUUAUAGCCUAUGUGGUGUUUGAUGAAAAUAAUGAAGAAUUUGUAAUUGUUAACAACGAGCCACCUCGCGACAAAUACGUUGCUGGGGCAAAGUCACAAACUCCAUUAACCAAACAGGAUGGCAAAUUUUGAGGUCUGGACCAAUGGGAACUUUCCAGAUACUAUGCAAUCUAAGGCAGCUGGCUUCCUAGAAGGUUAUCUUACCCAUGAGCUUAUCUAUUUCUCGCACUUGAAUACCCUUCAAGAUUAUUGUCAGGGGCGUGAUGGCUACUGUAGCAAGCUCCGUACUUUUCUGACUACAAAUACAAAAUGGGUUAACAAGAUGUACAAAAAACUGAGAAACACAAGUCCAUUCUGGCAUCAGGUUGGUUUGUUCUAUGAGCAAAUGGAAGGAAUGGCAACUGGUUGGGAAAAAGCCGCAGUUAAUGCUGGCCAUUCAAUGGGAAGCUAUGGAUUUCUUUGGUUCAAUAUCUUUGGAGAUAUGGAAGAGUUUGAACAAAUGUUUGUUCCUCGACAAGUGAACAAGGACUGGCGACUAAAUAUAGUUGGUCGACGUCAUAUGGUUGCGUCGUGCUCCGCCUUAAUGAAAGUGCUUCCCGAAACAUCAGACAUCUACACUUCCCACGUUACAUGGAACGGUUACGAAUCAUUGAUCAGAAUUUUGAAGAAAUACAGCCUGGAAGUACAUCAAACGGCCGACGAAAACUCAGCACUUAUUCCAGGCCAUUCCAUGUCGUUUUCUUCUUACUACGAAGAGCUAUUCAAGUACAUCAAACCCACCGGACAAGUUCUUGAAGGAGUUCGGUCCAUGGUCGCCAAUCGCCUCGCUUCAACCGGCAAAGAAUGGACAGGUGUUUUUGGACGGCAUAACAGCGGCACUUACAAUAAUCAAUGGAUGAUUGUCAAUUAUAAACUCUUCAAGCCUGGCAAACCUCUUCGCGAUGGUCUCUUUUGGGUUCUCGAACAGUUGCCGACUCUAAUUGAAUCUCGAGAUAUGACUGACGUGUUGAGAACCAAAUCUUUUUGGCCAUCGUAUAACAGCCCAUAUUUCCCCACCGUCCUUCAUCUUUCUGGCACACCAGCACUCGUGGAAAAGUACGGUGAAUGGUUCACGUACGAUAAAACGCCUCGUGCGCUCAUUUUCAAUCGUGACCAGUCCAAAGUCACCGAUAUGGAUUCAAUGAUAAGGAUGAUGAGAUACAACGAUUACCGCAAUGACCCGCUUUCUCGCUGCGACAAAUGCGAUCCGAAAUAUUCUGGAGAAAACGCCAUCUCGGCUCGUAACGAUCUGAAUCCUACUAACGGCACUUAUCCUUUCCAUGCGUUGAGCCACCGUUCUCACGAUGCUACCGACUGCAAGGUUACCUCACAUCAACUCAUGUCUUCAUUGGACUUUAUUGCGGUUGGCGGACCGACCUACGACUCUCUACCGGCGUUUAGAUGGAGUGCAUCGGAUUUUAGUAACUUGUCCCACGUUGGCCAUCCUGAUCUUUGGAAAUUUCAACCAGUUCAGACGAAGUGGACUCUCUAAAACAUUGUAUCUCGAACUUCAAACGUGAACCACGAUGUCUUA